AUGGCUGCCGGCAAUAGAAGCAGUCCGCGCACCGUCGCCGACGCCACACGCUUCACAUCCAACACUCCCCACGCCCACACCAAAUCAAACAACACCCCUCCUGCUUCUGCCUCGGGCGCCAGCGGCCGGUCCUCAAACAACAGUCCCAAUGCAUCGUCGUCGAUAGGGAGGAGACCGGGAGCCGGAGCCGGAGCCGGAGGAGCUGCGGCAAUGCAAGAGACCAUGGAAGAGCGUGUGCGCCGGUUGCGCGCCGCCCAUCUCGCCGCGAAGCAACAUAGUGUGUCCCGGAUGGACCAGCUCAUCGGGAACUCGAGGCGGAUAUUCGAUGCCGCGCACAAGUUUACCGUUAUGGGGUUAAUUGGGUUUAGCGGCAUCGCCCUCCUCGUCACAGCCUACGCAACAGUCGAUAUGAUGAUGCUAAACCGCAAGCGACGCACCGAGUUCUUCGCGCUGCAGAAGCAGCUCAAGGAAGACAGUCUCGAGGCCGCGCGGCUAGCCUACAUGACGGGCACCGCGACAGAAGAGCAAAUCGCCCUCGUCGAAGACGCCACCGCGAAAGCCAACGAGGCCGGCAUCUCGCUGCCUUCUAUCCUUUCAGCUCCACAGAGUGCUGCGCCUGCUGGUGGGCGAGAUGCUACUCCUUCCGCUACGUAUACCAACUCUGAAGAGAAUGCGAGCGGGGAGGAGAAGAAAGGAGGAAUCGCGGGAUGGUUGUUCGGCGGCCUCAAGAAAGAAGAUGUCAGGGAUGAUGAAACGCUUAGCACGAGUGAUGACCGCUGGAGAACGACGGCGGCGGCGGCGGGAGAUGUGGGUAGUGCUCUCCGGGAUAAAGCGAAGGCUGCGUUUGAGUCCGAGAGGGAUACGCAGCGGAGGGGCGGCCCGUUAGAUCAGAUUGGUCUUGAUACGACUGCUGCGACGAGCAGUAGCGGAGAAGGAAAGAAGAAGGGUUGGCUUUGGUAG